CUGUGCUUGGGUUUCCUCAGAAGUCCACGCCCCUGGCAGUGACUUACAGUAGGCAUGCACGCAUGGUCUGUGCUCGGAGAUCCAGGAAGGUCGACGGACAGAAGAGAAGGGGGAGCGCGCACAUCAUGUUCCCAAAUCUCGUCGCUUGAAAGCCGAGCACUUACAUCCUCAUCUCCAGCUCUUCUCUAACAAGAAGGCAUCAUGAUUCCUGUGAUGGAAUUCCGGCAGUUCUCUGAACAGCAGCCAGCAUUCAGAGUCCUGAAGCCGUGGUGGGAUGUGUUCACCGACUACCUGUCUGUAGUCAUGCUCAUGAUUGGGGUCUUCGGAUGCACUCUUCAGGUGAUGCAAGAUAAGAUCAUAUGCCUUCCUCAGAGAGAGUCUUCAAAGAACAUAAGUGAAGUGGAAGUAAAGUCACUGUUACACGUGCAGUCCAAUAUUUCAACCGUACCAAGAGAAAUGACAGGCCUGAAAACCCAGCUGGAUUUUCAACAGUACCUUUUUAUCAAUCAGAUGUGUUAUGAGAAAGCUCUGCAUUGGUAUGCCAAGUUCUUUCCUUAUUUGGUUCUUAUACACACUCUCAUUUUCAUGGUGUGUAGCAACUUCUGGUUCAAGUUCCCUGGCUCAAGCUCUAAAAUAGAGCAUUUCAUCUCCAUGCUCAGCAAGUGCUUCGACUCUCCAUGGACCACACGGGCUUUGUCAGAGGUAUCCGGAGAAAAUCCUGAAGAAAAGGAUAACAAGAGUGCGUCUAGGUCAAACAUUGCUUUGUCUCCCUUAGAAGGAAGUUUGGAGAAGACACAGUCACUCCGUUCUAUCCCAGAAAAGAUUGUAGUUGACAAACCAUCAGCAAGUGCUCUUGAUAAAAAAGAAGGUGAACAAGCUAAAGCUCUUUUUGAAAAGGUGAAGAAGUUCCGUUUGCAUGUUGAGGAAGGAGACAUUCUCUAUCUGAUGUACGUCCGGCAGACAGUAUUCAAGGUGUUUAAAUUCCUUCUGAUCAUUGCCUAUAAUAGUUCUCUCGUAAAUAAAGUGCGAAAUAGAGUGAACUGCGAAGUUGAGAUCCAGGACAUGACAGGCUACCGUAACUUUCAAUGCAACCACACUAUGGCUCAUCUGUUUUCUAAGCUUUCUUACUGCUACCUGUGUUUAGUGGCUGUCUAUGGAUUAACAAGCCUCUACACCUCUUACUGGCUGUUUUACCGCUCACUGAAAGAAUACUCCUUUGAGUAUGUGCGACAGGAAACAGGCAUCGAUGACAUCCCAGAUGUCAAAAAUGACUUUGCUUUCAUGCUACACAUGAUUGAUCAGUACGACCCGCUGUAUUCUAAACGAUUUGCAGUUUUUCUAUCCGAGGUCAGUGAGAACAAACUGAAACAGCUCAACCUCAACAAUGAGUGGACCGCGGAUAAAUUGCGUCAGAAACUCCAGACUAACAGCAACAACAGACUUGAACUUCAGCUGUUCAUGCUCCCUGGGUUACCCGACACUGUCUUUGAGUUGACAGAGCUGCAGUCACUCAAGCUGGAGAUCAUCAACAAUGCCACCCUCCCUGGCUCAAUCUCUCAGCUGGAAGACCUUCAGGAGCUGUCUCUUUACCAAUGUUCUUUAAAGUCGCAAACAACAGCUACCUCCUUCCUCAAAGAGAACCUGAAAGUGCUUCGUGUGAAAUUCGAUGAUAACAGGGAACUUCCACACUGGAUGUAUGUCCUGCGCAACUUAGAGGAGCUCUAUCUCACUGGGUCUCUAAGCCCUGAUGCCUCCAAAAAUAUAGCUCUUGAGUCACUGCGGGAGAUGAAGGGUUUGAAAAUGCUUUAUCUUAAGAGUAAUUUGACCAAGAUACCUCAGUCUAUAGUGGAUGUUUCCAGUCAUCUACAGCGGCUGUACUUACACAAUGAUGGCACUAAGCUCGUAAUGCUCAACAACCUGAAAAAAAUGACCAACCUGAUUGAGCUGGAGCUAGUGCAUUGUGAUCUGGAACGCAUCCCUCAUGCAAUCUUCAGCCUAACCAAUCUGCAAGAACUUGACCUGAAAGAGAAUAACCUUCGCUCAAUAGAGGAGAUUAUCAGCUUCCAACAUCUUCGAAAGCUCACUUGCCUUAAACUUUGGUACAAUGGUAUCAUGUACAUCCCAGAGCAUAUCAAGAAGCUUGGCAGCCUAGAGCGCCUAUACUUCAGUCACAACAAGAUCGAGAUAUUGCCUUCGCACCUGUUCUUGUGCAACAAGCUGCGCUACCUGGAUGUGUCCAACAAUGACAUCCGAUUCAUCCCUCCAGAAAUUGGAGUUCUUCAGAGUCUACAGUAUUUCUCUGUCACCUGUAACAAAAUUGAAAAUCUGCCAGAUGAGCUUUUCUUUUGCAAAAAGCUGAAAACACUAAAGCUUGGCAAAAACUCCCUCUCGACACUGUCACCAAAGAUUUCCUACCUAGCUCAACUGACGUACUUGGACCUCAAAGGCAACCAUUUUGAGCUUCUGCCCCAAGAGCUUGGUUGCUGUCGUGCAUUGAAGCACAGCGGCCUUAUAGUGGAAGAAACACUGUUUCAAACUCUGCCUCCUGAUGUCAGGGACCAAAUGAAGGCUGAGUGAGAUGCCUUUU